UGGAAGGUGGGUGGCCCAGGCUCUGUUGUCGACACCUAGACUUCAGCUGGGACCUGGAUCCUCUGGGCCACCUGCCAGGGAGAUAGGACCAUGUGGCUGCCCUCAGUUCUUCUCCUUCUCUGCCUCCCAGGCUCUCUGUCGCUGACAGGCCCCGGUUCUGUGGCGGGCACCGCGGGGAGCUCUCUGCGUAUUCGGUGUCAGUACGAGAAGGCGUACAAGGGGCAUAACAAAUACUGGUGCCGAGGAAAGUAUGACAUAGCGUGUCGCAAGAUUGUAGAGACCAAAGGAGAGGAGAAAGAAAAGAGGAACGGCCGCGUGUCCAUCAGAGACCACACUGAUAACCUGACCUUCACAGUGACCUUGGAGAACCUCAACAUAAACGACACUGGAUCCUACUGGUGUCGAAUUCAGACUGUCUGGAUCCUGGACGUGCUGUCCUUGGACCCCUCGGUCCAGGUUGAGGUGUCUGUUUCCCCAGCGCCAGGGAGCAUCGCCUGUCCGGCUGUACCGGCUACCUUCCCGACAGUGAGUGAUGGACAGAACCUCAGCAUCAAGGAGAUGUCAAGCCACUGCCCAGGGUCCUGGCUCAGCAAUGUCCACUUCCUGCUCCUGGUCUUCCUGAAGCUGCCCCUGUUCCUGGGCAUGGUCGGGGCUGUCCUCUGGGUGAACAGACCUCAGAGGCGCCCUGGAGGAAGAGAGAGACAGCUUGACCAGCGAGGUCCACUGUGCAGCAUGCUGUCCCCAGGAACGCCCUUUCCAGGAAUACAGCUCUUCAGACUGGACAAGAGAGACCUUCAGAUUCUGGGCUCCAGGGCAGGGGGGCAGCAGUUGCUAGAUUCUGGAAGGACUCAGGUCUUCUGGGGGCACUGGUCCAGGGAGGGUCCCGGAUCUUAGAAGACACUCGUUCUGAGUCCUCAGGUGAGGGAGGGCUCCGUCACCCCUGCCCUUGCUUGGGGGUUCUCUUUUCUCCUCCCCAGAUCCCCUGAUUCUUGGGCCUCACACCCACGUCCCAAGGGCAAGAAUUCUCUGGAAGUUGCAUGCUCAGAGGCCUGACAUUUUACUCUUCUCCUUGGCACAAAAGCUUCUUGGUUCAGCAUUGCCAGGAAAAUGACCACCUCCCGCCUGCAGACAGGAGGCUGCCUGAGGACACACCCCUCCCAGCUUCAGUCCUGGGCUCACAGGACUCCAUCUGCUCCUCUGGGACAAUCCCAAGGGAGUUUAGUCCUGACAGAGUUUGCUCAUGCAGCUGCCUGCUGUCUUGUGACCUCAGGGUUUCUUCCUCUUUUCCAAUGCCUCUUUGGUUUCAAGCCUUCUUGUGCCCUUGUGACCGGUGUCUGACUUGGCUGAGUGCAUCUCUGUCUGGCUCAGCCAUGACUGAGCAGCUUCAAGUUACAAUUCUGUGGCUGUUUGGAGCAGUGAUGGUAGAAGGAGGCAGUGGAUACCUCUAAUAUCACUCCGGUAAUUCCCUAACUUGGAGGGUCUCCCAUGCACAGAGUCGAUGGAGAGUCCAGGUUUAUCCAGUUUAGGAGAAGUUUGGUUGAGACCGUCUAUCAACAAUUAACCGUCUUUGCAGAAGAGGCAGACAUAGCUCCAAGCAUAGGGCACAGGACACAGAGGGAAGGAGAUGCUUCCCCACGUUGGGAUCGUGCAAUGCCACCAUAACCAUAGGUGCCCUUAGCCCAGGAGAGUGCUCGGUUGGUUCUUGGAUGUAUAUCCAUCACUCCCUCCCUGAAGUUUGCAGGCAAGAGUUGCACAGUCUGUCAACCUUUCCACUCACCUUUCUGCACCCGUAGUGACCCUUUUCCUCUGAGAGCUCCUCUGAGCACUGAGUUGUCCGGCAGGGCUGCUGCUCUCUGAACCUAAGCUCUAAUGUGUCUCCCAUAAGGGUGAGGACAUUCAUGGCAUCUUAAGGAGAGCUGGGGCUGGACCCAGACUCGGCUGAAGGAAAACCUCAUUCUAAAGAGGCACAUACUAAUCGUGACCAUAAAAUAUACAUAGGGUGGUAUAGAAAGCAUAAUAAUGGACGAGAGGAGAGCUUGCGAUGCACUUUCUAAGGAAGAUAAACUCACAAGUCAGUAGAGUGCAGGCAGGGCUGGCCAGGGCCACUGGGCAGUCACAGGUGAGAUGCUUCAUGAUGUCAGAGGGGAAAAUAUUGUGUCACACUGGCUGGAUGGGUGGGAGGAGGUGAUAUUUGAGACUGA